AUGACGACGACAGAGAGUAAAGGCUUCGCGGAGCUGUACCAUCAGCUACUUCAGGACGGAGUGCAGCUGCAGAAAGAACUCGAGGCGUACUACCUGCGCCAAGAGGGGUACAUACGCAAGCGUGUGGCGGUGCUAGAUGAGAUGCAGGAGAACAUCGCUGACGAGCGACGAUGCUUGGAGUUACAACAUCAAGAGUGCCGUGCGCAGAUCAGCGCGGCACGGAAGCAGGCGGCAAACUUCGUGUCUGAUGAGCGGAAGGUGUCACAGGCGGUGCGGCACGCACAACCGUUCCUCGCGGCUCAGGAGGCGGAGAUUGACAAGCGUCUUGAGGAGCUUCAGCAGGAAAAGGAGAGAGAGGAUGCCGCACUUCUGAGCGUGAUGGCGCGGCAGGAGGCGCUGGGCAAGCAGGAGGCUCUGCUCGCCUCCCGUGAGCGACAGAGGUUUCUAGAAGAGCAGGACCUCCAAAAGGCGCUGAUUGAGAUGCGCUCCCUCAACCGGGAGAUGGAGGAGCGGCGCAAGUCACUUCUGCGCAAGCACGACACGGUAGCCGAGUGGGACCGCAAACUUGAGUCUCGCGAGCGUGAGCUGUUGGUCUGCCAAGAUCAGCUGCGAGAGAACUUAAAGGCACUGGAGCAAGAGGAGAAUGCGCUCGGCAUUCACCCAGCACAACGCACUGCUGUGGCCCCGGCUGUGUCUCAGCGAACAGUCAUGGACGACCAUGACAUGUCCAUUGAGCACGACAGCGCCUGUGAGGAGAUCGACUACGAGGACUGA